AUGGGUCACCUCAUCACACUCGCAACUUCACUCAACCAAUGGGCUCUUGAUUUUCAAGGAAACUUUGAGAGAAUUCUAUCCAGCAUCGCUAUCGCCAAGAGUCGAGGCGCAACAUUGAGAGUGGGGCCAGAACUUGAGAUUCCUGGAUAUGGAUGUCUGGAUCAUUUUCUCGAAGGCGACACGGUACUUCAUUCCUGGGAAGUCUUGGCAAAGAUUUUGGCAUCUGAAGAGGCCACAGGAAUUGUGUGCGACUUGGGAAUGCCCGUCGUGCACAAGAACGUUAUCUAUAACUGUAGGGUGAUUAUCCACGACAGGAAGAUCCUUUUGAUCAGGCCGAAAAUGUGGAUGGCUAACAAUGGAAACUAUCGUGAACUUAGAUAUUUCACGCCAUGGAUGAAACAUAGGCAAUGCGAAAACCAUUUUUUGCCGAGGAUCAUCCAGGCCGUCACUUCACAGAUUACCGUACCUUUUGGAGAUGCCGUUGUGAGUACUGCGGAUACUUGCUUUGGGGUGGAGUUGUGCGAAGAGUUGUUUACCCCUGCUAGUCCGCAUAUUCUCAUGGGUUUAGAUGGUGUCGAAAUUUUCACCAAUGCGAGCGGUAGUCAUCACGAACUCCGGAAACUCUACACUCGCGUCGAGUUAAUAAAGGAGGCCACAUUAAAGUUGGGAGGCAUUUAUCUGUAUGCGAACCAACAAGGAUGCGAUGGUGAUAGACUGUAUUACGACGGAUGUGCAAUGAUCGCUGUCAACGGCAGGAUUGUGGCUCAGGGAUCUCAGUUUUCUUUGAAUGACGUCGAGGUCAUAACUGCAACAAUUGAUAUCGAGGAUGUCCGCAGCCACCGUGCAAUCAGCAGCCGAGCCAUGCAAGCAGCUUCCGCGGAAAGAUAUCAUCGUAUCGAAGUUCCGUUUUCGUUGUCAGCGGGCAAGUUUGAGGAAGUGAGGGACGAAGACAUGGUGGGAUUUUUAUCCUCCCGACCUUAUGAAGUAAGGUAUCAUAGUCCCGAAGAAGAGAUAGCUUUGGGUCCAGCGUGUUGGCUUUGGGACUACCUUCGCCGAUCGCGUACGCAAGGAUAUUUCGUCCCAUUGAGCGGUGGUAUCGACAGUUGUGCGACUGCAGUCAUCGUGUUUUCCAUGUGUAGACUCGUUGCAGAAGCCGCGCGCAGAGCAGAUAAGCAGGUGAUCGCAGAUGCCCGGCGCAUUGUCGGAGAACCCGCCGACUCUGGGUACAUUCCUUCUGAUCCACGCGAAUUUUGCAGUAGAAUUUUCCAUACUUGUUACAUGGGUACGGAGAACUCCAGUGCAGAGACUCGUAAACGAGCAAAGGAUUUGUCUGAGGCUAUCGGAAGCUAUCAUAUAGACUUAAAUAUGGAUUCUCUUGUCACAGCUGUUCGAAAUCUGUUCGGUUUCGUUACUGGUGUAAAGCCUCAGUUCCAAGCUCACGGGGGUAGCAACGCAGAGAAUUUAGCCUUGCAAAACAUUCAAGCCAGAUUGCGAAUGGUGGUUGCCUAUCUUUUUGCUCAACUCCUUCCAUGGGUUAGGGGACGUGUAGGCGGAUUAUUGGUCCUUGGAAGCGCUAAUGUAGAUGAAAGUCUACGUGGCUACCUUACAAAAUACGACUGCUCUUCGGCUGAUAUCAAUCCCAUCGGGGGCAUUAGUAAGACCGACCUAAAGAAAUUCAUAGCUUACGCCCGAGACUCCUUUGAUAUGCCCAUCUUGGCGAAGUUCUUGGAUGCAGUUCCGACGGCUGAGCUAGAACCAAUUACUGAGAACUAUGUACAGGCUGACGAGGCCGACAUGGGUAUGACCUACGACGAGUUAUCUGUCUUUGGUAGACUACGCAAGGUGGAGAAAUGCGGACCCUAUAGCAUGUUCACCAAGCUUGUGCAUGAAUGGGGGACGUUCUUGUCUCCGGUACAAAUUGCAGAAAAGGUCAAACUAUUCUUCUUCGAACACGCCCGCAAUCGUCACAAGAUGACUACAUUGACGCCGUCCUAUCAUGCAGAAUCAUAUAGUCCCGACGAUAACAGGUUCGACCUGCGCCCAUUCCUGUAUCCCUCUCGAUUCCCUUGGCAGUUCAAGAAGAUAGACGACGUCGCUGCUGUUUUGCCAGAUAGAUCUCAUUCCGCGGAUAAAGCGAAGACGGACUGA